AUGAACGAACUAGUGGUGUUCGAGUCGAACCACCAGAAGGCCAUCAACGACUGCGAGCUGGACUACUACAGCAAGAAACUGGCCACAUGCUCCAGCGACAACACGGUGAAGAUAUUUGAUGUGAGCCUUUCAAAGGAACCCGUGUGCAUCGCAGAAAUGCGAGACCACAGCUCAGCUGUGUGGAAGGUAUGUUGGUCCCACCCCAAAUAUGGGAGCCUCCUAGCUAGCUGCUCCUACGACAAAAGUGUAAUCAUAUACAAAGAAGUACACAUGAACAAGUACGAUAUCAUUUACGUGAACAAUGAACACAACAGUAGCGUAAACUACAUAGAAUGGUCUCCACAUGAAUAUGGCUUGCACCUAGGGUGUGCAUGCUCAGAUGGACACAUCAGUGUCAUAUCGUAUGAUCUAAUGAAAGGAUCUAAUGGAGAAGGGCAAUGGAACAAGUAUAGUGUGAAAGCGCACCUGAAUGGAACCGCCUGUAUAAGCUGGGAAAAGACUCAUAAGAAUAAACAUAUGAAUGAAGGGACUACUGGAGCACCUGCAGUAGCAACAGCACAACCAUCUUCAGCAGGGGUAGGAGGAGGAGAUCAUGCAAAUGUAUUCCAAUUAGCGUCAGGAGGAUUUGACAAUCAAGUAAUCAUAUGGAUGUUCGAUAACACCACGAAAGAAUUUCACAAAGUUUACCAAAUGAAGGACAAGCCACACAACUCUUCAAUUAAAGACAUCGCGUGGAGGCCAAACCUAAACAACAGCACGAACGUAAUUGCCUCAUGCUCAGAUGAAGACAUUGUAAUCCUGUGGGUAGAGGACUUGAGUAAUAAUCAGUGGAGGAACGGACAAGUUAUUAAGGUAAAGGACAAAGUUAGUAAAGUGUGUUGGUCACCCAAUGGAACCAUUCUAGCCAUUGCAUGUACAAAUGACAAUGCCUACUUGUAUAAAGAAGGAUUAGAUGGCGUGUGGGAAGAGGUGUGCAAUUUGGCGGACAAUGAAAAGCUACAUGCACAGAUGCAAGCACAGGAAAAUAUUAGCGAUCAUAUAGGGGAUAUUAGUGCAGGCGGAGCAACCAUGUCGGCCACCCCCAUGGGAAAUGUAUCAACCAAUCAAGUGGACCCUUACACCGGAUCAUACAGCAACAACCCUGGUACUCAUAACGAACCCCCUAAUUCCUUAAACCCUGUGAUGGCGCCCCAAACGAACUAUGGUAAUAAACCCGUCCCCAAUAGUAUUGGGGUUGUUAACCCUGUGGGGGCUGCAAACCACAGCAGUGGAAGCACCCCGGGGAUGGUUAGAGGUGGAUUAAAUACUCCACACACGAGUAAUAGUAACAACCCUUAUGGUCAAUCUGUUACUCCUCCUCCCAUGACUCCAGGCAUGAUGCCACCCCCCUUGAACAAUAACACCACCAUGAGUCAACAAAACGUCACUCCAAAUUAUUUAAUGCCUUCACAUAAGAAAACGAGUACUUCAAGUGUCACAUCCAAUGUUUCUAGCUACCCCAUGGGUGGUAGUGGUGGUGCUUCUGUUGGUGCUGGAGGACUUCCGCCUCCCCCACCUCCUCCAGUUGCACAAGACCAGGGUAAUGCCGCCCCCUAUGGUGGUUUGAAUUAUUCCACUCCACAAGUACCCACACAGGAUGGAAGCGUCUCUGCGUCACAAUUUCCUACCAUGCCCCCUUCUGCAAAUGUACCUGCCGGGGUACCCAUGGGUAAUAAGCCGAACAUCCCAGGACCCCCUCCCCCACCUGGGGGACCACCACAGCAGGCGCAGCAGCAGCAGCCGCAAGCGUACCCACCGCACCAACCACCAUUUCCAGGCGCUAGUCCCAGCACGAUGAAUUUUUCCAAACCAGGUAGCCCAAUGCCGCCCGCCCAAUUUCAAGGCGCAAAUGCGAACAAAACAAGUUUUAGCACACAACCAAUUUCGCCUCCUCCACCCCCUCCCCCAUUUGGUUCGACGCCUCCACAACAAGGACCUCCUGUGACCAAAGGAAUGAACAAAACAAACACCUUCUCAAAUUUUAACCCAAAUGUGAUGACUCCACCGAACGCCCCCCCACCAAUGGGCACGAGUCCCCCAGGACCACCUCUAAAAAAUGUGAGCCCCCCAGGGAGUAGCUACCCCCCAAUGAAUUACUCUCAUCCACCCCCACCUCCUCCCAAUAUGAUGGGCGGUGACCCAGGUGCGAACCGACCCCCAAAUGCACAGUACGGCGCGUACCCGAGUUAUAACCCGCCCCCCCAGUAA